UUCCGUAACUUAGAAUUUUCUUAAAGGGAGUUAACAUGUAAACUUCCUGUUAAUGUUCUCAAUGCUGAUCAUGUAGAUUUACACCGUGUAGGAUACGAUUAUUAAAGAUUUAGGUAACGGUAUUUUACGAUAUUUUAGCUCAGUUGUCAACACAUUUGAAGAGAACGCACAGCAAACACAUAAUAACAAUGACAGAUAAGGCCACCCCAAAUCCACUGGAACAGUUUGUUCUAUUGGCCAAAACUGCCAAGGGGGCAGGUGCUGUAGAGCUGAUCAAACAGGCUCUGGAGGCCCAAGGAGUUUACGUUUUUGGAGAACUUUUGGACAUGCCACAUAUUCAAGAGCUUUCAUCUGGUGCACAUUCACAGUACCAUAAUCUUCUUAACAUAUUUGCAUAUGGAUGUUACAAAGAUUACAAAGCAGCUGCCUCUAGCCUGCCAGUACUAACUCCAGCACAGCUUACGAAAUUGAGACACCUGACAAUUGUAUCAUUAGCAACAAAAAAUAAGUGCAUUCCCUAUUCAGUUCUUCUUGAAGAACUAGAUAUACAGAAUCUUAGAACUCUUGAAGAUUUAAUUAUUGAAGUAAUCUAUGCCGAUAUUGUCCGUGGAAAGUUAGAUCAGAAAAACCAACAAUUAGAGGUGGAUUAUGCCUUGGGCCGAGAUAUACGACCUGAAGCUGUUCCAGAAAUUGUGUCUGUUCUGCAAGACUGGUGCACAGGCUGCGAGGCAAUGCUACAGAGUAUAGAAUCCCAAAUCUCUAAGGCAAACCAAAAUAAAGAGAACAAUUUGCGAAUCAAACAUCAAAUAGAACAGGAGGUUGUAAAUAUAAAGAAAACAUUGAAAAACACCCAACAGCAGGAUUCAGAAGAACAGAUGGUGACAGACAGCCAAGUGUCAAUGUCUUGUGAUAAACCUAGCAAGAAAGCCUCCAAAACUAAGGGGUAAGACCAUCUCUUGUGAUAAACCUAGCAAGAAAGCCUCCAAAACUAAGGGAUUACGUGGCAGCAGUGGUACAAAGCUGUGGAAAUAACAUAGGAUCAGUGACUUCUAUUGACCUCUUGUUUUGCAACAAUGUGACAACUCAUUUCACUGCAAUGGGAAAUUGAUAUCAGUUUUUACUACUGUGUACAUCUUGAUUACUAGAUCCUAUGUAUUAUUGCUCCAUAGUAAAUAUAUAUGCUGUCAGGAACUUUUAAGUGCUCUAUAAUACAAUUUACAUUAAA